GUGCCACUGCACUUCAGUGUUGGCAAUAGAGUGAGACGCUGUUUAACAACAACAACAAAAAAAUUUAAUUAAAAUGAUGUGCAGCAGCAAAAGAGGCAAAAACUGGCCUCCUCCCAAAUGGAGAUGGAGGAGGGAAGUAAAACUGAGCCUCCUCCAAUUUACUUUUGUAUAAACAAGAAGUAAUUUGAACUGCCAUCAGCGAUCCACAAUGUGAGUUGGUAAAUAGCUCAAAACAGUGACAAAGUAGAAUCAAAUGACCUGGAAGCCCGUAAUCUAAAUAAUGCACUGAAGCACAAUUUCUCCAUUCAUUGCUUAUUUUGUGCCAGGCACAUUUAUGAGCACUUAAUCCUCACACCACCAUUAGGUAAGAAAUAUUGUUCCAUUGCCACAAGAGCAACUGAAGCUCAUAAAGAUUAAACAAUAAAAAGUCACACAGCAGACACACUCUACAGCUCAAGUGUCAACAAAACACCCACAGAGCUGCACAUAGGGUCACACAUCAAAUCACACAACCUCACGGAGAAUGGGCCUAACCUCACAGAGAAUGGGUCCAAUCAGAUACACCAAAGCAGACGCCCGGCGGUCCCACUCACCUCUAAUAACACUUUCCCAAACUUAAGACGUACAUGUCCGCGCCAAUGUUAUUAUCAGAGGCCCCUUCCCCACCUCUUAAAGCCUCCCACGAUUCAUCCCUCAGAAGGCAACCGCUUGGUUCUCUGUGCGCAGGCGCAGCGUUCUCUCAACACCUCCAACGGGCACAAAGCCACGCCCCCAAGGCCGAGCUCACGCAAGCGUACUCAAUCACCAGCGGAACUGCCUCCACCGCGCUCGGCGUCGAGGGCCUACGGGGCGUCAGUACGCAUGCGUACUUUGUGCCCCAGGUAGCUUAUCUCUUCGCCGAGGACGCCUCUUUAUUCUGGUCUCUGGGAGCGGGGGCGUGGGGCUGCACAUGCGCACUGCGAGUCCUCGCCUACUCCCAGAAACCACUCGGCACACGCGGUGCGGGAGCUGCUUCAGGUUGGCCGGCUCCAAGGACACCUCUGCAUUUCCAGGACCCGGUCACUGUUCAGGACACUGUUCCAGCGCAGUGGUCAUUAGCCAUGUCUCAGGGAUCAGUGACAUUCCAAGAUGUGGCCAUUAACUUCUCCAAGGAAGAGUGGGGAUUCCUGAACCCUGCUCAGAGAGAUUUGUACACAACUGUGAUGUUGGAGAAUUAUCAGAACCUGGUCUGGCUGGGACUUUCUGUUUCUAAAUCUGUGAUUUCACUGUUGGAGAAAAGGAAACUGCCUUGGAUAAUGGGAAAAGAAGAGAUAAGAGUCCCAUUGCCAGAUGCACCAGGUGCAGAGAUUAAGGAGUUAUCUGCAAAGAGGGCUAUUAAUGAAGUAUUAUCUCAGUUUGACACAGUGAUAAAAUGUACAAGAAACGUAUGUAAGGAAUGUGGAAAUGUAUACUGCCACAAUACGCAGCUUACUCCCCAUAAGAGAAAUCACACGCGAAAGAAACGCAAUCAGUGUUUAGAUUGUGGGAAACACUUCACUCGUCGGUCAACUCUCAUUCAACAUCAAAGAAUCCACACGGGAGAGAGACCCUAUAAAUGUAACGAAUGUAGUAAAACCUUCAACCAGAGGGCACACCUUACCCAGCAUGAGAGAAUUCACACGGGUGAGAAACCUUACAAAUGUAAGGAAUGUAGGAAAACCUUCAGCCAGAUGACUCAUCUCACACAGCAUCAGAGUACACAUACGAGAGAAAAGUUCCAUGAAUGCAGUGAAUGUGGAAAGGCCUUCAGCCGUUCCUCAGCCCUUAUGGAUCACCAGCGAAUUCAUAGUGGAGAAAAGCCAUAUGAAUGUAAGGAGUGCGGCAGAGCCUUCACUCAAAGUGCCCAGCUCAUUAGACAUCAGAAAACUCAUUCUGGAGAAAAACCCUAUGAGUGUAGUAAGUGUAAGAAAUCUUUUGUGCGCCUGUCUUCCCUGAUUGAACAUUGGAGAAUUCACACUGGAGAAAAACCGUAUCAAUGUAAGGACUGCAAAAAGACCUUUUGUCGCGUCAUGCAGCUCACUCUGCACAGGAGAGUUCAUACUGGUGAGAAACCCUAUGAAUGCGAGCAAUGUGGAAAGGCCUUCAGCGCCCAUUCUUCCCUUGUUACUCAUAAGAGAACACACAGUGGAGAGAAACCGUAUAAAUGCAAGGAAUGUGGAAAAGCCUUCAGUGCGCACUCUUCCCUUGUUACUCAUAAGAGAACACACAGUGGAGAGAAACCUUAUAAAUGCCAUGCCUGUGGGAAGGCCUUUAAUACUUCCUCCACACUUUGUCAACAUAAUAGAAUUCAUACUGGUGAAAAACCGUUUCAGUGCAGUCAGUGCGGGAAGUCCUUUAGAUGCAGCUCUCACCUUACUCGACACUAUAGAAUGUGUAAUGGAAAAUGUUAGCAAAUAACCAAAACUCAAAAUGUUAAUUCUGAUUAUUCCAUAUCAUCACCAGUACUUUGUACUCUGAGUCUUUUAAAAUAUGCUAUCUUAGUUUGUAUGGAAUGAUACGUCAUUGUACUUUUGAUUUAACUUAAAAAUGCCUUCCCUUGACU